GAGUUUUGACAAGUAUUCAGAUAUUUGUCGACAGUGAUAAAAAAAUAAUUAACAUAAAUUUAUUAUCUUGUCUUCCUCUCAAUUUGGAAAAAUAUUCCAAUAAAGUGAUACAAAAGUAAUGUUGAUAAUAAUUAAUUAAUUAUAGUAAUAGUACAUAGGUUAUAUAUGAUAACGAAACUAGGAAAACUGUAUCUUUUGUGUGUACAAAGUGAAAGCAAAAAAAUGGAAUAAAAAUAAAGUGUUACAAUAUAUAUUUUAUUGACAGAUAAAGUUAUUGUUUAUUUACAAAAGGAAGUAUGUCUAACAGUGGUGAUUUAGUACUUGAUGCCUGCCCUAGUCCUCCAAGAAUAGACCAUUCUAAUAAUAUUAAUGAGAAAAAUGAAAAUGGAAAAGAAGAAACUGCACCAAAUGAAGAUGAUUUUAUUCCCAAAAAACCAAAGUCGAAAACAAAAAAGUCAAAAAAACAUGGAAACCAAGGCUCUGUUAAUUUAUUAACAAUCAAAAAUUGUCAUGGAUUUCAAGUUGGACCUACAUUUGUUGUGAAUGGUGGAUCUGCUGAUACUAAUUUAGGAAAAAAAGAGUCGAUAGUAAUGACAAAAGAAAUUCAAAAUUUAUUUGAAAGUAAUAACCAUUUAAAUCGACAGGAUUUAAUUUUUGUAUCAGCCCACAUGGGUAAAGGAUGGGAAAAUGUAGCUAGAGCUUUAGAAUAUUCUGAAGGUCAGAUUUUUCAAUUUCAUACAGAUUUUAUUAAAAGUGGCAUUAAAGAGGUGAUUUAUCAACUUUUAUUGGAUUGGACCAGAAUAAAGCCAAAUGAAGCAACAAUUGGUAGAAUUGCAAAAUUGUUAUGGGAUAACCACCAGAAAGAAGUAGUUAAGCUUAUGGCCGAUAGUAAAUAAUUAAUUUUAUUUAAAUAUGAAUCUAACAAUGUGUUAUCACUUUAUAUAAUUAAGUUAAUUCUUAUGCAAUAGGAUAUUUUUAUAAUUAAAAAUGAUUUUAUUCA